AACUGUAAAACCGAUUUCUAAGUACUCGAGUGUAAUUAUUUGCAUUAACUAUAUUAAACUAUAUUAAACUGAAUAAGAUUAAGUAAGGAACAAGAUAUGUUAUGUUUUUAUCAAGAGCGGAAUGGGGCUUCUUAUAAAAGCGUAGUUUCUCUUAUACCGCACAGUAUACAGUACAAAGUUCAUAUAUUUACGAUUUGUACUUCGUUACCACCAGUAGUUGUUACUAGUUAACAAUUGUGCCCCAUAAUAACAACCAUAUGCCACUUAAAGAUUAGGCUUUUCCGUGUAAAUAUGCACACAGCUAUCAUUUAAAAGUCACUCGUUAAAGAACCAGAAGAACGUUUCACGCUGUUGAAGGCACCCUAGGAAUAAGAUUCGUUGCUACGCAACAGCUGGUCUAACGCCACGACGCAGCUUCCUAUGUAAAUAGAAACAAAAUAUCAUCUUCAAAAAUGAGCGGACCAUAUGCUAUAAAGGAAUCCAGUGUAAUUGAUGAGGAAAUGCUGGAAAAGGCAGUUGAGGAGCAGGGACCACCAGGGAAGGCUGGACUUAUUGCCAAAGAAGAGGGCUUAAAAUAUGACAAAGUGUCUCAACUGCACCUGGACUACAGAAAGAUCUUAAAGAUAGAACAUUUAUGGCAGUUUGCAUCUCUAACCAAGCUUCAGCUCGACAAUAAUAUCAUCCAGAAGAUUGAGGGAUUAGAAAAGCUUACUAACCUGGUAUGGCUUGAUUUAUCCUUCAAUAAUAUUGAGGUGAUUGAAGGGUUGGAUACACUUGUGAAACUGCAGGACCUGAGUUUAUUUAACAAUCGAAUUUCAAUAAUAGAGAACAUGGAUUCUCUGCAAAACCUUGAAAUCAUCUCGCUCGGCAACAAUUUAAUCUCACAGCUUGAAAAUGUAAUAUAUCUAAGAAAAUUGAAGAACUUGCGCACACUUAACCUUGCUGGAAAUCCAGUAUGCAAAGAUGAAAACUACAAAGUUUUUGUGGCUGCGUACCUGCCAGACCUGGUUUACAUCGACUUCAGGCUGCUAGAUGAACAAACCCGAGAAAAGGGACAGUACCAGUAUCAGACUGCAAUUGAGAAGAUAAAACAAAAUGAACUUGAUGAGCAGAAGGCCACAGAGGUUCAGGAAGCUACAGAACAAGAGCUUCAGCUGCAUAAGGAUGCAUUUGUGGAAUAUUUGAAUGGGCCUCAAUUAUUCGACAGCAUGUUUGCAGGUGAUGUUGAAGCUUCCAAGUUGGCACACCUUCCUGGAAUUGCUACAUUACUGGAAUCAUACCAGACAAAGUUGGAGGCAUUUUGUAUGCAAAUUUUUGAAGCAGGUUUAACUCAGAAAACACAAAGGCAGAAUGAGGUGGAGUGCUUCUUCACCUGUUUGCAAAAGGCCAUGGCUGACAAUCAGCAGAGAGGAGCUCAAAUAGUAGCUGACUUUGAGAGGUCCAGGAGACAGGUAAUGGUCGAGAUUCAGCAGGCAGCAGAUCACAGUUCAUUGAAGGACAGAGUCAGAAAUGAGAUUAUACAGAUUCGUGACACUCUCCUGACUCUGGAGCUGCAACUAGUGGCUCAGUUAGAGGAAAUUAUUAAAGACUUUGAGAGAAACAUCACAGACAUGGUUGGAGGGUUUACCGAAUAUGUGCAAGGCAUAUUUGCUCAGUGUCGAGAUCUGGAGAACCUCCAUCAUGAGAAAGUGCUCGAGACUUCUAUGGCAAGACUGGAGAGAGUGGCUAAGAAUGAAAUGGAGGAGGAUUUGCCUGUUGAGGUUCAAUUGCUCUUUGUGGACAAAGACACAUUGAUGAAUGCCGUCAGUCUGUCACAUGACAUACACCUGCUGAAGAUCGACAACAGAGAGGAUGAGCUCCUGACACGGAUCCACAACUGGAUGAGUGCACUAUUGAAAUCGAUACAUGAUGAUGAGGCUAAAAGGAAUCGAAAACGCAUCUCAGAAAUCCAUAAAUAUGUUGAUUAUGCUGUGGACCAGCUGGAGGAGACACUUGCCUGAUUACCAGAAGCAAAAAAACAAGGCAGAACUGAGACAACAUUUCAGGCUGGGAGUCUGAUACCCACCACAGGCCACUUACUGUACUAACUAAACAUAUUCUGUUGUUUUGUGUAGAAAUUAAGAAUAAAACAAUAAUAAACAUGUGAAGUUUCGGAAAA